UAUUGUUUGUUGUUGUACUAAGUACGCGAAGCUUUGAGUGCGCGUCGUAGAUUUACUAUUGUGUUUUAGUUUUUGUUGUUGUUUUGGUAAUUGCCACACGAACAAACACACAAGCUCGCACACUUACGCUUCAAGUCAUGAGUCGGAAUCGGUGCGCGUAGUAAACGUUGCUGUUGUAUGAAAUUGUUUAUAACUGUAUGUGCAUUUAGCAGCAGCUUUCAUCGAUACGCAAGGCGCCCAAAUGCGUGGAGAAGCGUAAAAGGCGAAAAACAAAUUGCCACUUACUUCGUGCUAGAGAAACGUGGAACAUUCUCAAUGGUGGGCGGAUAUACCAAAGUGAUUUCUAGCUUUCUUCCAACCCAGAACCCCUUGUACUCUCCCCAAAUUUUUCUGGCCUCCGAACACUGUAAAGAAACAUGUCUGACAUGCAUGACAACGAGAGCAGCGAUAACAACAUUGGCAAACUAAAUGCAGACGCUGGCGCAGUUAUCGAUAUCAACAAGCAGCCGUUACCAAAGCCGCGUUACAAAUCGAUAAGCGAAUUUUUGCCACAAGAGCAAACUUCGCUGAAAAUAGUGGAGCCUUUUGAGCAGCAACAGCAGCCGCAGCCGCAGCCGCCGCAAUUGCUGCAGCAAGAGAGCGUAGAAAGCGAACAAAGCGCGCAAACAACGCCAGAGAAGGAGAAAGAGAACAGUCGUAUAAAAAAGAGCGUCACCUUCGAUACAACAGAUGAGAAGAUACAAAAGUUUAUAACCGGCGAGCCCAUUGUCGAUCAGCGUAAUCCCUUCAAGCAUGUGCUGAAAGAGAAAAAGACGCCUCCGCCAGUGCCCACCAAACGUUCCACGCUCAGCAUACGCAAAACGGUUACACAACAGUUGCGCGAACGCGAACGCGAGAAAGAAAAGGAGCGAGAGCGUGAGAAAAACGAGUCCAACUUGCGCAAACAGCAAAAGCAGCCGCAGUCGCAGUCGCAGCCACAGGUGAACGGCGGCAGCACCAGCUCGCCGGCCGAUGAGUUUAUAACCACUGAGGAGGUACUGAAACAGUCCAAAUAUGUUAAGACGUACAUAAAGAAUCCCGAUGCAUAUUUCGUGUACGAUCCCACGGUGCUGGCACGCCUGAAGUUCGAAGAAUUACGUGAUAUAGCAGCCAAGGUGCCGCCCAAGCGGAAACAGACGGCCAACUCGCAAAUCCCCAACCGUGUCAAGGAGACCAAGCAAUUGAAGCAAGAAGAGGCUACUAAACCCAAGCAAAUAACUUAUAAGAAGUGCUCCAAGCCAAAUUAUCCGGAAUUGGCACAUCUAAAAAUUAAAACGGGCACAGAGCAUACCGGUGAUUAUUUCAAUGCCGCUGAAGUGACCAAAAAUGCCAAAAAGUUUGAUGAGCGCGUCAAGAAAUUACAAAUAAGCUCCGAUGAUGAUCUCGACGAAAUCGACGGACCGCUAACUAAAAGCGAGUCCAGCGACGAGCUCAAUACACACAGUAGCGAAAGCGAACCUCUGAGCAUGGAGCAGAGCACAAGACCAAGUGCCGAGCGAACAGUGCAAAAAACAAAUAAAAUGGGCACCUUUACCAAUACCAUAAGCUCCGAUGAGUUCCAGGCGUAUCUGGAGCGCAAGGGCCUUACCCUGAUGCCCAAGCAGCUAUUAACGCCCACUGUAACGCCCACGCCCUCUCCCACUAUCGCAGGGAGAGAGAGCGCCGAGGAGCGACGCCGCCUGGUGACUGAGUCACUGGCAGCGCUGCGCAAGAGCAACAGCAAAAAGCUAACGGUACUGCAGCGCCUCUCCAACAGCUUGUUUGCCCCCAAGCGCAAAAGCACACCCAAAGUCAGCGCCUUAGAGACGAUGGAACGCAAAGGCAGCGCUCCCAGCGAUCUGCGACGCAUACGCUUGGAGCCAGCGACUCCGGUGACGACGACGACGACGCCGCUGCAGCGCAACAGCCUGGAACGACAGAGUCUUAUACCCAGACGCGUGACAGCCACUCCCGAAGGCAGCAACGCAAGCUUCAGUCGCAGCGCUUCCAUGGAUCGCCAGCAGAUCAAGGCGCUGAGACAGCCCAUUAGUCGCUUAGAGAGUGUGGGUCAGCGACGCAGCUUGGCCACCAGCAUGCCCAUAGCUAGCAGCACGCCCAAACGCAAGGAGCAGGCUUCGCCGUUACAGCAGCAGCAGCAACAACAACAACAACAAAAUCAUCAACAACAACAACAGCAGGAGCCGCAACAACAAUGGGAGCAGCUGCGUGCCAUCAAAGAAGUCACCGAUAGACAGCUUUACAACAAGGUAAUGCAGCAGCAGCAGCAGCAGCAGCAAGAACAACAGGCGCAACAAUUGUUGCAAAGCGUCGAAAACAUUUAUGAGCAUCUGCCUGGACAGCCGUGCUUUGUGCGCGGCACGCUGCAGCGCAACACCUUCAAUGGCUUUGGGAAUGCGCGCAAUCGCCAGUUUAUGAUUGUAGAUGGCGCACCCAUAGCACCACAACAGCAGCAACUGCGUCUGCAGCAGCAGCAGCAGCAACAGUUGCUGCAGACGCAGCAACUGCAGCAAUUUCCGCCGCAGCGCUGCCAAAGCGCCUUGGAUGAGCCCAUCACGCCCAACAGUCAGCGGCUCACGCUGCGACGCGGGUAUGAGAGCGAGAAUGAAACGCCUGUAGUGCUGCGACGCAAGGAAACGCCCGCAGCGCGUCGCAUUGGCGGAUUACUGACGCGAGAGGAGAUCUUGGAGAAGGUCAAAGAGUUUUGCCGCAAGUCUAUCAGUCGCACGCCUUUGGCCAAUAGCAAAAUGCAACCCAUUUAUGAGCGCCACCAACACAAUGACAUUUCUCCCGUGUCCUAUGCUUCCGUGGAGACACACAAGCGUCCCGCCUCGCAGCUAAGCAUGAGGCCGCAGCUACCACAGCGCGUGCAGAGCUUGUCACGCAACGGUAGCGCUUACGCGCCCUCUCCCAUCUAUGCGCAUGUCAACAAACGCAGCAGUCUACUAUCCAAUGACUCGGAGGCGUUCGGUCAGCCCGCCUCUGAGUAUGUGCUCAUACAGACAGAGGAUGGAAUACAGGCUGCCAAGCUGCUGGACUUAAAUCAGAGCGCGCUUUAUAUGCCACAACCGCAGUACGUGCGCGCACCACAAGGCUAUGUGCGCAUGGAGGAGCUUGUCUUGGCCCAACAACAACAACAACAGCAGCAGCAGCAGCAGCAACAACAAUUGCAGCUGCAACACAAGCAACAGCAAAUGCAAAAUAAUCGCGCCACGCCGCUAAUAUUUGAUCGCUCCUCUCAGCAGUCGAGUCAAAUUUAUUGGACGCCGCAGCAUCAGCGUCUGCAUCAGAGUCAGCUUAAUUUGAUGGCGCUGCAACAAAGCAGUCCAGGACGCGUUUAUCCAGUGCCUGCACCCAGAGCGAACGUUGCUCACAGCUAUGUGCUGGCAAAUGGCCAGCAAUACGCUACUGUAGUGCCUGCACCACGCAAUCUAACCCUGUUGCAACAACAGCAGCACCAUAACAGGCUACAAAUGGCACGCAACUCAUCGGAUUGGGACUGCAGCUCUGAGGCGGGCGAGGUGCGUCGCAUCAUGGAGAAGUCUUUGUAAGACAAAGAGGAGGUCAGCACAACCCCAAGACGCCCCAACCAGCAAUACAAGAACAGACAAAGACCAAACGAAACGCAUACAUCAUGG